AUGCCUCACUCCAAGACUCCCGGUGGCGCUGGCAUGUCCGAGAAGGAAGCCAAGAAGCAAGCUCAGAGUGCGUCUCCUUGGUCCUCCUAUCUCUAUUACAUAUCUAACAAACAAAAUNNAGUGCACGGUGAUGGUGCCCCCAACGCAGCUGGUCACACCGAAGGCAAGGCCCCUGGCGAAGCCCCCGUUGCUUCAGACUCAGGUGUCACCAACGUCGGCAUCGACAAUGGCAGCAACCAGCCUGGAGAGAAGGGCAUCAAGGGCGUUCCCGUCUCGACCGAGAGCACCACCAACGCCAACAUGAAGUAA